GAAACUCGCUGGCAGGAAGAGUGUGCCUGCGCUGGCGACCGGGGGAGAUGGGAACUCUGUGGCUGUGAAGGGGCAUCAGCAGCAGCAGCAGAGAUGGCGGACCCCGCCACAGCAACGCACUCUUCGGCUGUAAGCCCAAGCUCAGAGCCGUCGUCCCGUGCGCUGUCUCCCACGGCAGGUGGAACGCAACGACUCUUGUUUACCCAUGACCUGGUCUCCGGUAAACACCGCGGAGCGAUGCGCUUCGGGCUCGUACGUAUGAUUUACGGCGAGGAGGAUUUUGAGGAUUCUGACUCCGAGACUGGCGGCGAUGGCGGAAAGAGAGGAGGUGGUGUUGGUGGUGAAGGCGCUGCCGGUAACUCGGACAACGAGAGCGGGGCACCGGGCACACGAUCAUGGCCUCUCAGUAGAGGAUUCGUUCGAGUUCAGUGGUAUCCCGAGGGGACGAAGCAGGAUGUUCGGGAGACGAAGCUGAAACUUGAAGAUCGAUCUAUUGUGCCUAGAGACUUCGUCCGGCAUUUGAAUUUGAAUAAUAAACAGUGUGGUAUUGUGACCAACAUAACCACAGAAUGUGCAGUGAAGCUUGUAGGGACCAACUGCGUCCUUUAUCCUGUUAACAGCAAAGAUCUGCAGCAUGUCUGGCAAUUUAUGUAUGGGGACUACAUCGUUUAUGACUUCUGGCUGGGAAAGGUGUAUGAUCUCAGCAUCCAAAUCAUAGUACAGCUCUCCAAUGGAGCACGAUGUUCCAUGAGUGAGGAGGAUGGUGCCAAACUCUAUGAUAUUUACCCUCACGUCAGUGAUGUGGGUUUAUUCUUUGAUGAUGCAUAUGGGUUCUACCCAGGCCAGGUUUUGAUUGGACCCUCAAAGGCUUUUACCAAUGUGCAAUGGCUAUAUGGUGUAAAACCAGUUCUCAGUAAAAAAAGCAAGUUCAGGGUUGUUGUGGAAGAGGUUCAGGUGGUCGAGCUAAAGGUGACAUGGAUUACAAAAAGUUACUCUCCAAAAGGGCCCGACAGUGUCUUCCCACCACCCUCAACCAUCACACAGGAGAACCUUUGCAGGGUGAAGAGACUUGGCUUCUUUGAUCAUACUCAGAGGCAGCUUGGAGAGAGAGCCCUGUAUGUGUUUCCCACCAAGAGUGAAACCACACGAAUAACUUGCGAGGGACCUGAGGGGGCCCCUGCUCAACCCGAUGACCCUGUUGUUCGAAAGUUAAAAAGAAUGUUUAGAAAGGAAUCUGGAAAAAAGAUGUCAGAGAAUUCAGACACAGAGACUAACAACUCACACUCAACAGAGAAGGUGGAAAGCAUGGAAGGUGAGGAGAAAUCAAUGCAGGAAAAGGACUGUCCUGAUGAUGUUCCAUGUUACCCCAACAACGGUCCUGUUUCAUGUCCAGAAGGUGUGGAUGAGGGAGAGAAGCCACAAUCAGAUGCCUCUCAGAAACCUUGUGCCCAUCUGGGGGAGCUGGAGUCAGAUGAGGAGAUUGCAGAUGACACUGAUGACACCAGCUCAGUAACUUCCUCUGCGAGCUCCACGGCCUCACAGCAUUGUGGCCCAUCCCGAAAGAAGAGCAUCCCUUUGUCCAUUCGCAACCUGAAGAAAAAGCACAAAAAGAAGAGGACAAAGUUUUCGCGAGAGUUUAAACCGGGAGACAGGGUGGCAGUUGAGGUUGUUUCCACUGUGACCACUGCAGAUGUUUUGUGGAAGGAUGGUCGAUUAGAGACAGGUAUCCGGUCCAAUGAUCUAAUCCCUAUCCAACACCUGGACAAUCACGAGUUCUGUCCUGGAGACUACGUUGUAGACAAGCGACCUCAGACUGUUCAGGAUUCAGGUGUCUGUGGAGUGAUUCAGUCAGGCGAUCAUAAGGCCAGAACCUGCGUGGUGAAGUGGGUUAAACUCAAUGCUGCGGGUGAUGAUGUUGAGGUUAAUGGAGUGGAAGAGGAUGUUAGUGUUUACGACAUUUCUGAUCAUCCUGACUUCCAUUUCCGCAUAACAGAUAUUGUUAUAAGGAUCGGAAACUCAAACACAGAGGACUGUGAAAAUGAGAGGUCUGUUGGACAAGUGUGCAGAGUGGAUCUGAGUAGUAAAGUCGAGGUUGUGUGGGCGGAUGAGUCUAAGACGGUCGUCCUUCCACAGCACUUGUAUAAUGUGGAGUCAGAGAUUGAAGAAACGUAUUAUGACUCAGCAGAAGGCAGCAGUAGUGGUGCUUCAUCUGAAGAGUGGGAGGAUGAGAGUGACAGCUGGGAGACUGAUAAUGGACCCGUUGAGGAGGAACCGGGAGGAGGGGACAAUGCUGUAGUCUCCUCCCCCACCAAAGGUCCUCCUGCUGAUGGCAAAACUAAUGGUGUGAAUACCUCCACCACAGAAUCAGCAGGAGCUAUAUUCACAUCUGAACUCGCUAUCGGUGGAGUCCCUGCAUCUGAGGAGAAACCUUUUAAAGAGACCCCACCGCGGGGUUUCCGUGAGCUCAAAGAAGCCCUAAAGAUCUUGGAGAGCCUUAAGAACAUGACUGUUGAGCAGCUUUGGACCGGAUCACCAACCUCUCCCACUGCCGAACCUUCAGCCGCAAUGGCUGCCACAAGCCCGGCUGAUGCUAAACCCACAAAGGAGAAACGCUUCUUGGAUGACAUAAAGAAACUUCAGGAAAACCUGAAAAAGACUCUGGACAAUGUGGCGAUUGUGGAAGAAGAAAAGAUGGAGGCUGCUAUAAAAGAGGAGAGGUCAUCAGCGGCAGUGGCACCUGAACCUCAAACGCCUGUACGUUCUGAGUGGCCCAGUGACACGCCCGUUUUGUGUCAGCACAGUGGAGGCAAACCUGGUGUCACCUUCACCAGCGCUAAAGGAGAAGUCUUUUCUGUUUUAGAAUGGUCACCAGAGACACACUCAUUUCAAAAAAUGGAAUUCCAGCCUGCGGAUGCAAAGAAGUUCUUUAGCACUGUAAGAAAGGAAAUGGCCCUUCUGGCCACCUCUCUGCCCGAUGGCAUCAUGGUGAAGACUUUUGAGGGCCGAAUGGAUCUUUUCUCAGCUGUAAUUAAGGGCCCUAAUCGCACUCCUUAUGAGGAUGGGCUAUUCCUGUUUGAUAUCCAGCUUCCAAAUAUCUAUCCUGCUGUUCCCCCUCUCUUCCGUUACCUCUCUCAGUGUAGCGGCCGACUUAACCCCAACCUCUAUGAUAACGGGAAAGUCUGUGUAAGUCUGCUCGGCACCUGGAUUGGAAAGGGCACUGAAAGAUGGACCAGCAAAUCCAGUCUGUUGCAAGUGCUUAUCUCUAUACAAGGUCUGAUCCUGGUAAACGAGCCAUACUAUAAUGAGGCCGGGUUUGACAGUGACCGAGGCCUUCAGGAGGGUUAUGAGAACAGUCGCUGCUACAAUGAGAUGGCACUCAUUAAGAUGGUGCAGUCAAUGACACAGCUUCUCCUGCAUCCCGCGGAUGUGUUUGAGCAGGAGAUCCGGGAACACUUCGCCUGCAAUGGCUGGCGGCUGGUCCAUCGGCUGGAGUCCUGGCUGGAGUUGCAUGGGGGUGUAAAUGACCGCGUGUCACAAUGUUGCGGUGGCAGCCUUCGUGCGGAGCCUCUGGAAGAGAUCCCCUCAGCUUUGGCCCACAGCAGCCCAGACAAGGAGGAAGUGCGGAGCCAAGAGGAUCUCGAAGACUCUGGGCUCAGUCCAUCUACAUUGGGGCUCAGUGGAGCUUCUGGUAAAGAUGGGCAGCAAGAGCAAAACUCAGAGUGUGAUAGUUCAGAGGUGGGAGGUAUGAGAUCUGAAACGGCAGAAGGUUCUGAAGGGCUUUUCGCAUCUCAACAAAGCGGAAAACUGUGUCAGGAGUCACAGCCAGCUGUCAGACCAAAGAAACGAAGAAAGAGCUAUCGCAGCUUCCUUCCAGAGCGUAGCGGCUAUCCCGACAUCGGAUUCCCACUCUUUCCACUUUCCAAAGGUUUCGUGAAAAGUAUGCGUUCAGUCCUCCAGCAGUAUCGAGCGACUAUGACUGCUGCUGGCAUUCCGGAACACCAUGAAAACAAAUAACUGCCCUCUAGCCCUCUUGUUAAGCCCCCGAGAGCUGCGCUUUAUCCCCUUUAACCCUUGGCCAGCUACUUGGAUUACGUCAGACUGACAGUGUUUACUAGCAGCCUCUGUUAUUGCUUUGUAGCAAAUUUCUAGUUUGCUUUUUUGCCUUUCAUUUGCCUUUAGACAGAAGCAUACAUAUUUGUUUGUAUUGUAUCACAUUGAAAUUUCAAAUCUUCUUUCCCUGAUGACAACCCUGCCGACACAGCACUCUCUCAGGGACGUAUGGACAAAACCGACAGAUGUGAGACAUUACAGAUGCUAUGGCAUGACUGAAUCUUUUGGUAUGUUGACGUCAAGAUAUGAGGGAAUAAACUGCCAGAGGGAACUGAUUAAUUGUUUCUUGGGAUACUUGGUCGUAGGUGCUGUCCUCCCUUCUGUGGGAGGGACAGAACCUGUUUUUGAUUAUUUUUUGCACAGUUGAAGUUGGUUCACUUGCAGAAAUAAAGGAGUCUGCAUGGGUUUGUCUAAGAUUCCAUAAUAUUUCAAUUCAGAUGUGAUAAUAUAUCACAGCGUGGUUCAUCAGACAACCAUAUUUUCCAGCAUGACUUGCUCUCUGUUCUAUACUUCCUGAUGUGCAGUACUUGAUGCGUUUCAUUGCUUUUCUUUUCUAAUCAAUGUUAUCAUUUCUUUUCAAGGUUGGUUUCGGACAUUUAAUUUGUAACUUCAUAAGAGAAAAAUUGGCCACUCAUUUGUACUGUAUACUAUAGGCCCUUAAAAUUCCUGUUGGCCUUUUGCACCUAAAUAAAACUAAAUUUGAGUGUCAUGUUUACAAUUCAAAACGAUAGGCAACCAAAUACACAAAACAACUCUUGACACUGGAAACUAACAUCUGAUUUAUUUCUGACACUGCUUACUGCACAUGAAACGAUUGAAGUGAAAACCAAAACGUGCUUUUCUACAACUGUAAAAAUAUAGUUUCUCAUUUAUCCUGAGUCAGGUUUACAUAUUUAAAAAUACGAAACUACAUUCAGACCUUUUGGGCUAUGCUAGCAUGCAAGCUUCUAUUUGAGACAUUUCUCACUCCGUUCGCUGUCCAACAUUGUUGCCUUAAUAUUGGUUUCAGGCUUCGCUAUUGUACCCCAUUGUACCCCUCGUGUCCUUUUGAGAGGCCUAGAGACCACAUGCAAAUCACUCGUCUGUCUGGCAAAAACAUUUGUCAGUACAUUAUAAGGUGUACAUUUUCUCAUCCAGGAUUUCACACUUUUAAAUUAAUGGAUUGUUUGUAAAUAACAUCAAUCUUCAUUUUUGUGUGCGUGCAUUUCACAGUAAGUGUGGUGCUGUUGUGCUUCAGAACGAACAAUUCAAACCUCACAAUUUUUUUUUACAUCAGCAUUAGGCCAGCUGUAAUUAAACAAAGGCUACAGACAAGGUGUGUGUUAUAUGGAUUUCCAUUUGUGAUGAAAAAGUACACAUAGCUUAUUAAUAUGAAGCCCUAGGGGUGUUUAACAUGUAACAGAUCUUAUUAAUAUUCAGUUUUGCACAAAAGCAAUUGCACAUUACUACACCUUUUACACAGCUUCUACUGGGAGUUAUUUUCAUUAUGCAGAUGUGAUCAUAUGGCCUUUUGCCUUUAUCUUCUCAUGUGCUUGGGCAAAAGCUGAGAUGUAAUAUAGGCCUGCUAGUGAUCAUUUUCUCCAUGUUAGCCUUGCAGUUUGAUUUUCUGAUAGGGCAAGAAAAGUAGAAGUAUCUCUGGCUUGUGGCACUCUAUCCUCCUUGGCAAGAUAUUCUUGUAGAUGUUUUUUGUGCAUAAUACAUGAUAUUAAGAGGUUUUUGAGUAACGUCAUAUAAACAAUCCUUUUGCCUUUCCUUAUUUAUAUUUAAUUUAAUUAAACGAACAUUGCUCAAUUCACAUGGAUUACUUCAGUUAUUUGAUCAUUAUCGUUGUCUCAGAUUUAUCUCCAAGUAGAAGUAACAUUUACUUAUACAAUAUACAAUUCAUACUGUAAGCUUUUCUUCUCUUUCUAAACAAGCUCCUUUAUACCAGUUCUCUAUAUUCUGGUUUCUGUACAAUUGUUUCUUGAAGCUAUUUCUCAUCAGAUUCACAAAACUCGAUUUAACUAUGCUAUUAUGGAUAGGGAUAUUAGCUGAAGCAUGUACAUUUCUUUAAGCCUUAGUGGCUCUUUGAGACUUGACUGUACAAUGUAAACAUUUUCACAGUUGCCUGUAUUGGUAAAAGAAGAAAUGGUUUAUAGCCGGAAUCCUCUGUACAGAAGUAAUGGCUAUAUAUUAUAAAGUUUUUACACUACGCAAGUUCUAAAUAAGUUCUAAGGUUUGUAAUUGUUUUUUUUUUGCAUCCUUUGUAUUUUUGAAUAAUUUAUUUUUGUUGCACUAAUUGUAAAAAUUCAAGCAUUAAACUCUUUGCAAGCAUAA